GCAAAAACUCAGAAGACAGGAGAACGGAGGAGAGACAAUUCAUUAAACAUGUUGUACGACUACUGUUUAAAGUACAUCAUCAUCGGCGACACAGGUGUAGGGAAAUCAUGCAUGCUCCUGCAAUUCACAAACAAGAAUUUCCAGCUUGCGCAUGAUUGCACCGUUGGUGUCGAGUUCGGCUCUCGCAUGGUCACUGUGGAAGGUCGUUUAAUUAAGAUUCAGAUAUGGGACACCGCCGGCCAAGAGUCUUUUAGAUCCAUCACUAGAACUUACUACAGAGGAGCAGCUGGAGCACUGCUGGUUUACGACGUAACCAGGAGGGAGACGUUUAAACAUGUCGCAAGCUGGAUAGAUGAUGCCCGGCAGCAUGCAAACCCUAACAUGACAUUCAUGCUUAUCGGAAACAAGUGUGAUCUUCAUGAUCGAAGAGUUGUCAGCAAAGAGGAAGGGGAGCAAUUCGCCAAGGAGAAUGGGCUUUUGUUCAUGGAGACAUCUGCAAGAACUGCUCAAAACAUUGAGGAUGCCUUCACAAAAACUGCUGCAAAGAUUCUUCAAAAUAUUCAUGAAGGCGUUUUUGAAGUAUCAAAGGAGUCAUCUGGAAUCACGGUCGGAUAUGAACUCCCCGGCCUAGGUUCCUCAGGUGGUGGAUGUUGCAGCUAUUAGAGUAGAAAUAGAUUCUUUUGUUCUAGCCAUUUGCAGGAUACCUUUUUUUUCAUUUAAAAUUAAUUAAAAUGUCACAAGAUAUAAAUGUUCUUUAUUUAUGAUCCUCAUAAAUAUCCAUAUAUCAUCAACAUAGUCAAUUUGAACAAA